AUGAGCACCGUCGAAAGCAUCCUCGACAUGUACCUGGAGUGGCUCAAGGACGAGAGGUACCGGUUUGUCGGCCUCGAUCUUGAGUACGACUUCCAGCAGAAAAAAAUUGCGGUCAUGCAGAUAGCUUUUAGGGAGCACGUUCUCGUCUUCCACUUGAUCAGGUGCCAUGACAAUAUAUACGCGCUAAGGCAAUUCCUGAAGAAUAAGGAUGUCACAUUUGUAGGUGUGGACAUAAGGACUGACCACAGGUUGCUCUACAAGCAAUGGUUGUAUAUUCCACCUGGCAAGCAUCUGGACCUCCAGGAUAUGUUGAAAAUACCAGGUUAUGGUAACAGGGCUGGCAUGGCUACUAUGGCUUCCGAGCUCAUCCACCCCAAGUACGCCGGCAUGAAGGAGAAGUUUCUGACGGAUUACGACAAAUUCGAAGGCCAUAAUUACUGGGAACGGAAGCCUCUAUCCGAUAUGAACCUAGAGUAUGCUUCCAUUGAUUGUUAUGUCGCCUAUGAACUCGCCCGCAUUGUGAGUAUAGUGAACCAGGGACUGCAUCCCCAGAGGCCACUCAUCCCUAGUUGGGACAACAAUGAGCGCAAGCGUCGCCGAGGCCAUGACAACUGA